GCCACAAUAAACAUUUCAAGUCCGCGUUCAUCAUUGAACCCGCACUCCUCUUUCUCCUUGCUCAAUCAAAUCUCUAUUUCUGAAUUCACACUCAAAUUUCUCUUUUAAUCCUCAAAUUUCUGCCAAAAUUACUUCCUAGAUCUGCCGAAACGACAACUACUCUUCUAAAUUCGAAGUACUCAUCGUACCUCCUCAAAAUCGGCGUGGAGGGCUCAAAUAUUCCAAUUUUGAAGCACCGUAUUGUUCCUUUUUUGGAGCUUUGAAGAUUGAAUUUUCGCUUGGGUAGCAAAGAAUUGGCUGUGAAUUCAUCGGGAUUUGAAUGCUGCGGAGUGCUUAAAGUUCGAGUCUAUCUGAUGGGUGUUUCUGAUGCCUGAAUUCGCUAAUUUAGACCAUGUGGUAUUUUUUCAUGCUUGAAAUUCGAAGAAUUUUACCCAACAUUUUUAGUUGACUGCCGAGAGGUGCUAGCAGUUCGUUUUUUUAAGCAAGUGGUCAAUUUCAAGGGUUACUGAGUAUUUUAGGGUUUGGAGAAGCUUCGCUGGAUUUUCAGGCCAUGGAUAGUAGCGGCACUGAUGAUGACCUUCCACCAUCACAUCGAAAUAGAUUCCAAAGUCGGGUACGACCUGCUGGGAAUGGAAGAUCUACGGCAGUUGGUUCUGCUUCAUUAGCUAGGGUUCACAGUGAUAUGGAAACUCAAAUACACAACAUUGAGCAGGAAGCAUACACUUCAGUCCUACGGGCAUUUAAAGCACAAUCUGAUGCCAUUACUUGGGAAAAGGAGAGUUUAAUUACAGAACUCAGGAAAGAGUUAAGGGUAUCAGAUGAGGAGCACAGGGAGCUACUAUGCAGGGUUAAUGCUGAUGACAUCAUCCGCAGAAUAAGGGAAUGGAGAAAGACAAAUGGGCUUCAAUCUAGCAUGCCAAGCACAGCCCAGCCUGCUCCUGAUCCCACACCUAGUCCUACUGUUUCAGCAUCACGCAAGAAACAGAAAACAUCACAGUCAGUUGCUUCAUUGUCCGUGGGUGCACCUUCACCUGCAUUACCAUCUAUGCAACCAUCUUCAUCAGCCCUAAGACGGGGUCUGCCGCCAGGGUCUAGAAGCAAGAAACCCAAAUCAUAUCCUUCUACAGGUUUGGGUGGAAGAGCACAAGCUGCAAUUCGGAGUUCUUCAGGUGCAUUUGCCACUAAUGAACCUGCAGAAGCAACCAGUUAUGAUCCAUUGAUCGGAAGGAAAGUUUGGACUCGGUGGCCUGAAGAUAACCAAUACUAUCAGGCUGUUAUAACCGACUACAAUCCAGUUGAGGGGAGGCAUGCUUUGGUUUAUGAUAUUAAUACAGUGGAUGAAACAUGGGAAUGGGUUAACCUGAAAGAGAUUUCUCCUGAAGAUAUAAGAUGGGAGGGUGAGAAUCCGGGAAUUUUUCAUAGAGGUGGCCGGCCUGGACCAGGCCGUGGGAAUAAGAAAUCUAUGGCACGUGGUGGAGCACUUGCUGGUGCAGGAAGAGGUAGAGGGACUAUGAAGGGGCAGUCUAGAAAAGAUAUCCCAUUAUCACAAAACGGAAUUGGAAAAAAGGCUUUAGGGGAUAUUGAGAUACUUCACACAGAUACUCUAAUCAAGGAGGUGGAAAAAGUUUUUGGUGCUAGCCAUCCAGAUCCAAUGGAAAUUGAGAAAGCAAAGAAAGUGCUUAAAGAACAUGAACAAGCGCUAGUUGAUGCGAUUGCAAAGCUUGAACAUGCAUCUGAUGGUGAAAGUGGUAAUAACUAAUUGCACAUAACCAUGUUUAUAUUAUAGUGUCCGAUAAAGGCACUGCUUAUCUAUUGUAUCAUCUAAUUGUAGCUUUUGGAUCUUCGGAUUUAACCUGAAAUAGUUGUGUACAAUUUUAUCACUUUGCCAGUAUUGUUUCAAUUUAGUGCAAGAGAAUGGGCUCAAGUGUUUACCUGGAGGUUCUCUAAAAUUGUAGUUGCUUUUGUUUUAAUCUUUGUCAUAAUUUUUCUCAUGUUAAGCAUCAUUGAGAUGGAAUAGACAAAUAAUAUAAAUCUUGCCGCCAUGUUGGGCUUGUUAUAUUGUAAAUAUUCCCAUUAUAAUGGAUUUUUUUCACUAGAAAGCGGCAAUGGGUCAGUUUUAUUGAUUGUGAAAUCAAUACAAUAUGUUUUCUUCCUUUUUUUUUUUUGGGUAAAAAGCAGAUGGAGGACAUCCAUUUUCCCAUGGACAAUCAAUGGACCAAGAUAGAGUUUGGAGAAAACGGCCAUAUGAUGAGAUGGGUGGUGAAGGUAGAGUAUCAGAUGGCAACAAAAUGGCAAGAGGUGGUAGAGUUGGAUCUGUUGAACAUCAAGAUGAUGGCGAUGAAAUAUAAUCUCAUUGCUCUUUGCUGAUAAUAACCCUUAUUGUAUCAUAGGACUAAUUUAAUGACGAGCCAAGCAAAUGUAGCCCCUGGCUUAUAGUCUUUUGGUUAGGUAGAAGGUAGUUUGGUUCCGUUGUAAUUUUGAUUUCAUUGAAUGUUGAAAAAUACUUAUGUAAAUUAUGUUUACUGAGUGAAUAACAUUUGACUCUGUAAA